AUACAAAAAGCUACGCAUACCUUAGUUAUAAUGCUUGCUGGUGUUUUUUUCAAGAUGGAAACAAGUUAUUGCAUAUUACUAUACUUCUAAUGGAUUUGCUGUUGCUCGUUUAAAACCUAUUUUAGAAACAAUCAUUUCAAAAGCAGAAUCUAUUGGUCUUAUGGUACAUUUCUGGGAUCUGUUAAUCAAGCAAUGUGGAAAGCAUUUGGAAACAUUUCUGCAAAUAGACCACAUCUUUUAAAAAGUAUCAGAAAUUAUCUUCAAAAUAACAAAGUAAUUGAAUUGCCACAAACAUUUGCUUAUACUCACAAUCUAUCGUCUUUUACUGUCCAAUGCCAACAUUUAGUGGAAUUAAGUAAAAUACAGGAAAAUAUAAAGUUACAAUUAACACCACAACUUGAGAGUAAUGAUAUUAUUGUUGGAAAAUUUAACAAGAUGAAGAUCAACAAGGCAAAACAUGUAUUGAGUAGAAAUGUUAGUAGUGCCUUGAACUUUCUGGCUAAAGAAAAAAAUAAAAAAGAAUAUAGCACAACAGCAGCAUUUAUAAAAAUAGUUUCCAAAUGGUUCACAUUAAUUACAUCACGAUCUUAACGAUAAGCAUUAGGAAAAACAUCAGGAAAUGAAAUUAAAGAAAAAAAAUACAAUGUUUGCAUACAAUUUUUAUACUCAGUCAUAGAAAUAUUUAGAAAUAUUGAAAUAAGUCGAGAACGACGUUUUAAACCUAUUCAAUGUGGUGUUAUGAUUACCACACAAUCUAUCAUUGAAUUAAUCGAGUAUUUGAUAACUAAAAGAAAUUAUCAGUAUGUUUUAACAAGUCGUUUUACAUAGGAUUGUGUUGAAAAUUUGUUUUCAAGAAUUAGAGCAAAGCAUCAAAUUCCAAAUGCAUUGCAAUUUAAGCAAGAUUUAAAAGAACUCUGUAUAUCUCGAUAUAUAAAACCAGCUAAAACUUCUAAUUAUGAAGAAGACGAUAGAGAGUUUAUUGGUAAUUUUUUGAAUAAACUAAAAAAAA